AUGGCAGAGCUGGCGCUGGCUAUUAUUCCCCUGGGAAUCACAGUUACAUCUAGUCUCACCAAGUAUCUGAAAGCCUUCAACGGUCACGAUGAUGACCGCGCUCGACUUGUGCGUCAGGCUGAACGCUUUGAAAGCACGUUUCAAUCACUUGAAGCCGCUCUCAAACGUUCCGAGCUUGACCCAGGGCUCUCUGCGUCAGCAUCAGAGGCUCAUGCCAGUCUCAAAGAAUGCCAAAAAGCACUGACAGAGCUGGAAACCCUUCAACAGAAAGUCUUCGCCACCACUACCAGUGUUGCAUCAUCGACUUCUCACGCGCGUACAAGAGAAAAGAUCAAGGGUGGAUGUAAGAAGCUUAUAUAUCCGCUAAAAAAGCCCGAUAUCGAAAUUCUAGAUGGAGCUUUGAAUAGGCUUUCGACAACGCUUGAUCUGACUUUAGGAAUACUUCAUUUAGAUGGGGAAUCUUUAACCAGAAAGACUUUAAACGAACAAAUUAUCGAGAUUCAGAAAAACACAGUCAUUACUUCUGUUACCUCGACCGCUAUCAAAGAACUGCGCCAGCCUAUCUCGAAAAUCGAUUUGGCCCUCCCCGUUCUCCAAACUUCCGUUGAUUCUGUUAUUCCCCAUGUCAACCAGAGAUUCGACCAGAUCUCUUACCAGAUCGCGUACCAGCAUGCCCAGAUGCAAGCUCAAAUCAAGUCUCUUCUCGAUACGGCCGAACUUACAAGAUAUCAAGAUCGCACAGGAACAAGCCAAAAGCGUUUACAAGAUCACUCUGAAGGACAAGGCAACCAUCUUUCGACCGGUGAGAAUGACCGGAAACUUACUGUGUUUGCCAAAAGGGAUCUCGUAUCGAUGUGUUCUUGCCCGUCACGGCGCAUGCGUCAAGACAAAAGGUUUGCUCUAGGCUCAAUUCAUUUCGCCGAAGAGAUGCUAUCCGAUCACUGUCACGAAAAAGACUGUGUUUUCUUUCUCAUGCCAUCAGGUUACGAAAGGACACGGACCAUCCGUUUUACAGGCUUUGCUUCUGUCUUCAAAAGGGGGCUUGAAGUGUCUUUCACUACUCGUGCUCGGGCAGGAAAAUUCAGUAUCAGCCCCUCUUUUACUUACUUUCCAGUGGUUGAUGAGAAAGUCGCGCCAGGAUUUUUAGUCAUGUCUCUUCUUCGUCGCGCAAGCAGACUCGAGGACAUGAAUGAGACAAGAUCCAGAAUAAUUCUGAGCGCUGUUCAGCGAAAGCUUCAAGAGUUGUUUUGCUCGGGGAGAGCAAGUCCUAAUGAUGUAACCCAAAAGAAUUAUACCCUACUUCAUCUCCUAAUCGACUCACUAGGUUUUUGGUUAAAAACUUUACAAGGAGCAAAUUCCUCCUUCGUCCGCUUAACGUUUGAAGGUUUGCUCGAUUUUCUUGUUGCUUCGGGUACAUCUGUCACAGUUCGCAGCCGUUUUGGAGAAGCGGCAGUACACAAGUUCAUCCUAGGGACCUUUGUUCCUGCCUCUCUAUAUCGCCAUCUGAAUGCUGGGGAUGAAGCAGCAGCUUCCAGAUAUACAUAUUAUCCACUGCUUGAUAGGCGUGGACUCCUUGAUUAUCACGAUCUUAACCAAAGCGUUGCAAGAAUUCACUAUGGUCCUUUAGGUUUAGCAAUCAUCCAAAAUAAUUUACGAGAAGUGGAGCGGAUUAUCUCUUUACAUCCGAACAUGCUUGAAGAGCUAAGUUAUUAUGGGGAGACGCCGUUACACAUAGCCAUUUAUAGGCUAGAUAUCUUGAAAGUGCUCGCCAAGAAAGUAAAGCCCGAAGACUGGAUUCGACGCACCCUUGAUGACGCGACUGUUCUUCACCUUGCAAUUCAAGUCAGUCGUGAGAUUUGUAGCUCAGGGGAUGUUUUGGAUGAAUCGUGCUGUCCCUGCACAUUACCGCUUCGUGUCAUUCUGACUGCUGGAUGUCCCAUCAUACCCCACCGCGAUUUUAAUCAAACCCAUCAUACAGUCAAUACGGAAGGGUGCUUCUCUGAAGCUUCUCUGCACUGCAAAACACUUGUGGCAAAAGAGCUGCGAAGUCGUCGUCGACAGCUAAAAGACUUGGCCAAAAACAGCCUUUCGAUCACAGAGCUCAGCAACUUUACAGCUUUGGAAGAAGUACUCGACAGAGACGCCAUCGAAAUGGAUAGAUUGCUUCGCGAAAAAGGAGUCGUUGGUUUGGGACCGCUGUCGACUUUCGUGGAUCUGUCUCGACAGCCUUGGCAAGAUGUCGACAACUAUUCCAGGUCAAUAUUUUUCGACUUAAAAACCCCAGAAGAUGCAACUCUCUUCGUUGACUACGACUUCCAAAUUCUCUUUGCCGAUGAAGAUCUUGGCUCUCCGUUAGACAGAGCGCUUUUGUACCCAAAUGAUCGUUACAUUUCACUCGAGUACGCAAUGUGGCUAUUUGAACAUCAAGCCCCUUUAUGGAAGUGGAGCUACAGAUUCACUAGCCCGAUGCCUUCUAUCUUCGUUCUUGCUGACAUUCUCGGCAUACAUGCCUGCGAAUGCCCUUGUCAAGAUAUCACAAAAGACAGGGUAGAGCAUUAUCUAGCUGAAUCGACUUCGAUUGAUAACUGCUCUUGUCUGUGCUCACCGGAUGGCUGUACCCCUUUCACCUCGAGAAUGAAGUGGCUUGCACAUCCCCGUGAGGAGCCACAAGACCAUACACCCCAGGAUAUUGUAACGAAGCUCGGUUAUUACGUGAAAGCGUAUGGCAACCGUCUGGAUAUCAACCAUCACAUCAUUAUGGUGCGACAGGCAACAUUUGCUGCGCUAGAUCUAAAGCACACAUGUCUAGAUAGACCUGGGUAUGGUCCUUGGCCGGGUGAUCCCGAUCAGAUAUACUGGCUGGACCCAGUGACAGAACUGGAGCCAGACGAGAUAGAGUUCGAGAUCCUCAAUGUAGAUGUGGAGGCAAGGAAUCAGUUGGAGAACGUCGUCGCCAUGUUUCAGGAUUUUGUGCUAACCGGAGACCAAGCGACCGUUUCAGCCAAGGUUGACAGUUGUGGUAUUGAUCAUUCAGUAUCCAAUGACCCGAGUGUCGUUUGCAUAACCGACCUCUACUACCAGAGGGUUUUGGAAUUCUGGCAGCACAUUUGGCCAAACAGGAUUCAGGAUGCUUUGGAGGCUGUAGCCAAAGGAUGGGACAAUAAGCUUGAUGGGCGGAAUGAUCUAGUGCAAAUUUCGACUUGCGAGGAGUCGAUACAAGAGGCAGGGUACUGCUCUGAGGAGGAAGAUGAUGGAGUAAUUUUUAACAAAAUUGUACAGCAGAUUCAGGAUAUCUAA